UCUUUCUGGUAAGGACACAUGGCGUAGAAGUGCCGCGGGGGCAAAUCACUGAAAAGCAGAAUUCACGCACUCCAGGAGCGACAUGUUUCUCAGCACGGGUUUGCGGGCUUCCCUGAGGACAGGCCUCCGACUUCCACUUGUCUGGCGGGGAGUAUGUAGCAUCAACUCAACGUACGCAGCUCGAGUAGGAAGUGGUGGAAUCAGCAGCCAAUGGCCGGCCAGUUGGUCAUGUGGUUCAAGGUCCCAUCUGCCUGUGGUGACUGGUUCAUUUCCCAGCUGUCAGCCCUACAGUUCCCAGCAGGCUGAAAGCAAAGAGGAAGAGCCUUUACACAGCAUCAUCAGUGACACAGAAGAUGUGGAAGGGUCAUCUUUCCAACACGAGUUCCAGGCUGAAACCAAGAAACUGCUGAACAUUGUAGCGAGAUCUCUGUACUCUGAGAAGGAGGUUUUUAUCAGAGAGUUGAUUUCUAACUGCAGUGAUGCUCUAGAGAAGCUACGCCACAGGCUUCUUACCUUAGAGGGGGAGUCAAGUCCCAUGGAGAUCCAUCUGAAGACCAACCCCGAGAAGCGCACUAUCGUCAUCCAGGACACUGGCGUUGGAAUGAGCAAAGAGGAGUUGGUGUCAAAUCUUGGGACCAUUGCACGCUCUGGUUCAAAGGCAUUCCUUGAUGCCCUGCAGAACCAGUCAGAGGCAAGCAGCAAGAUUAUUGGUCAGUUUGGUGUGGGCUUUUAUUCUGCUUUUAUGGUGGCUGACAAGGUGGAUGUUUACUCCAAGUCUGCCGAGCCGGACAGCGAUGGGUAUAAAUGGUCAUCUGACGGCUCAGGUGUGUUUGAAGUUGCCAAAGCCAGCGGCGUUAGACUGGGAACAAAAAUUGUUGUUCACCUCAAGGAUGAAUGCAAGGAAUUUGCUUCAGAAGACCGGGUCAAAGAGAUUGUGACUAAAUACAGCAAUUUUGUUAGUUUCCCCAUCUUCCUGAAUGGCAGGCGACUAAACACUCUGCAGGCAUUGUGGUUGUCGGACCCCAAAGAGAUCAGUGACUGGCAGCAUGAAGAAUUUUAUCGGUAUAUUGCACAGGCUUAUGAUAAACCACGAUAUGUUCUGCAUUAUCGGACUGAUGCGCCACUUAACAUCCGCAGCAUCUUCUAUGUGCCAGAAAUGAAGCCUUCCAUGUUUGACGUGAGCCGUGAGAUGGGCUCCAGUGUCGCCUUGUACAGCAGAAAGGUCCUCAUCCAGACGAAGGCGUCGGACAUUCUCCCCAAGUGGCUCCGUUUCUUGCGUGGUGUCGUUGACAGUGAAGACAUCCCCCUGAACCUCAGCAGAGAGCUACUUCAGGAGAGUACACUCAUCAGGAAACUAAGAGAUGUUUUACAGAAAAGGAUUGUGAAGUUUUUUGUCGAUCAAAGCCACAAGGAGCCAGAGAAGUACAGGAGAUUCUUCGAGGACUAUGGGCUCUUCAUCCGGGAGGGCAUUGUCACCUUAGCUGAACAGGAGGUCAAGGAAGACAUUGGGAAAUUGCUGCGGUUUGAAUCCUCCGUUCUCCCAGAGGGUCAGCAAACAAGUUUACAAGAGUACGCAGAGAGAAUGAAGGCUGGCACACGUAAUAUUUAUUACCUCUGUGCCCCUAACAGGCACCUGGCUGAGCAUUCACCAUACUUUGAAGCCAUGCAGAAGAAAGACAUGGAGGUCCUAUUCUGCUAUGAGCAGUUUGAUGAACUGACUCUCUUACACUUGCGGGAGUUUGACAAAAAGAAGCUCAUUUCUGUGGAGACCGACAUUGUGGUAGAUCACUACAAGGAAGAGAAGUUUGAAGACUCAAAGCCAGCGUCGGAGCGUCUCACGGAGAAGCAGGCAGAAGAACUGAUGGCCUGGAUGAAGAGUGGCCUUGGAAGUCGCAUUGCCAAUGUGAAGGUGACCCCCAGGCUGGACACGCAUCCCGCUAUGAUUACCGUGCUGGAGAUGGGGGCAGCUCGGCACUUCCUGCGCACACAGCAACUGGCCAAGACCAGUGAGGAGCGGGCACAGAUUCUACAGCCAACUCUGGAAAUUAACACCGGCCAUGACCUUGUAAAGAAGAUGGAUGCCCUUAGGAACUCCGACCCACACUUAGCCGAGUUACUGCUUGAACAGAUCUACGACAAUGCCAUGAUCGCAGCAGGACUUAACGAUGACCCUCGCCCAAUGGUUGGCCGCCUGACUCAGCUACUUACCAAAGCCCUGGAGAAGCACUGACACGAGGCCCAUCACUGUAACGACGUGGUGACAAGAAGGACAUUUGGGGAGCGUGUGGCAAAGUCCUGCGGUCGUCUAACAUUUCAGCUCGGCAUUUGGGCCGGUGCCAUCGCAGAUGAAGGAGCCCUUGACACCCGCAUGCAGUAUGGCCUCUCUAUAUAUUGAAAUAAAAUAGCGGGAGGAGGCCUUCCUCGCGUGCUGAGGGUCUGGGCCUCGUCAAGGAGCCCCGAAAAUAUGUAUGUGGCUGUACAAAAAAUAAAUUGCUGUUGUUGUUGUUGUAUUGAACAA